CGAAGGGGGCGGGGCUCCCGCCAUGUCGCAGCGCGCCGGGGACCGCGAUCGCGACCGGGAGCGCGAGCUGCAGUGGUCGGCCCGCAGGAUGGGCACGUCGCUGCUGCUGCAGCUGUCGGCGCACGAGCGGGAGCUGGACCUGGUGUGCCUCGACCACAGCUACGCCAAGCCCUGGAGCGCGCACCCCGACGCCAGCGCCGCCCGGCCCGCCCGGCUCCUCUUCCUCACCCCGCGGAGGCACCUCGGCAGCGCCCCGGAGGCCGAUGUCCCCAUCGACGUGGAGACGGUGACGCCGACGCCGGUGCCGCUGUACGACAACCAGAAGGCUCGGAGCGUGAUGAACGAGUGCGAGCGGCACGUCAUGUUCGCCCGCACCGACGCCGACGCGCCCCCGCCGCCCGACGACUGGGAGGAGCACGUCAACAGGACGGGCUGGACCAUGGCCCAGAACAAACUGUUCAACAAGAUCCACAAAGCGCUGCAGUCGGACAGGCUGGCCCGCCUGGCCAACGAAGGGGCCUGCAAUGAGCCCGUGCUGAGGAGGAUUGCUGUGGAUAAAUGUGCCCGCAGGGUGCGCCAGGCCCUGGCCAGCGUCAACUGGGACACCAAACUCAUCCAGUGGCUCCACACCACGCUGGUGGAGACCCUGAGCCUGCCUGUGCUGGCUGCAUACCUGGACGCUCUGCAGACCCUGAAGGGAAAGAUCCCUGCACUGAUUGACAGGAUGCUGCUCUCCUCCACGGCCAAGACGGGAGCAGCAGGGGCUGAGGCGCUGUCCCUGCUGCUCAAGAGACCCUGGGACCCAGCAGUGGGUGUCCUGUCCCAUAAUAAACCAAGCAAACUGCCCGGAUCCCCCCUGAUCCUCAUCGCCUCCUCCGGCCCCGCCAACUCCCUGUUCCCCACGUCCCGACGGCACCGCUUCUGGCAGUCACAGCUCUCCUGCCUGGGAAAGGUGAUCCCCAUCACCACGUCCCUGCUGAACAAUGGCAGCGGGGUGGGGGUGCUGCAGUGCCUGGAGCACAUGAUCGGCGCCGUCAGGGGCAAGGUGGCUGAGAUCCACAACCACUUCUCUCACAAGCAGAUCAUCCUAAUCGGGUGGAACACGGGUGCCUUGGUGGCCUGUCACGUUUCUGUGAUGGAAUAUGUCACUGCUGUCGUGUGCCUUGGCUUCCCACUGCUCACCGUGGACGGCCCCAGGGGGGAUGUGGAUGAUCCCCUGCUGGAGAUGAAGACCCCGGUGCUCUUCGUCAUCGGGCAGAACUCCCUGCAGUGCAACGUGGAAGCCAUGGAGGAUUUCCGGGAGAAGAUCCGGGCAGACAACAGCUUGGUGGUGGUGGGAGGAGCAGAUGACAACCUCAGGAUAAGCAAAGCCAAAAAGAAGUCAGAAGGCCUGACCCAGAGCAUGGUGGACAGGUGCAUCCAGGAUGAGAUUGCAGACUUCCUGACAGGGGUGCUGACCCGGGCCGAGAGCCACUCGGGCUCUGAGCCCCGUGACCUGGAUGCUGAGAGGAAGAAGAAGCCCCGGGAGUGCAGCAGGAGGGACCUGUCCUUCGAGCUGCCCGAGAGGAGCAGCAGACCCGCCUCCCCUGCAGCCAAAGUGCCAGCCUCACCCUCAGGCUCUGAGGACCUGUCCAGUGUGUCCAGCAGCCCCACGUCCAGCCCCAAGACCAAGGUGGCUGCCCUGGCCCUGCCCAAGCCCAGCCAGGUGGGCCCCACGCAGCUGCAGAGGAGGCAGGUGCCCAGGCCCGACGCUGUCCUGACCCACAAGCAGGCACAAGCUCAGUUUGCUGCUUUUCUGAAACAAAACAUGCUGGUGAGGAAAGCUCUUCCUCCUGGCACCUCCUCAUGUCUCUUUGUUCCAGUGGCCUCCGAGCACUCGGAGGGGGCUGACAAAGAUGAUGUGAGAGUGCAGCUGAAGAGGCAGCAGAGCCCCAGCCCGACCCCGUGCACCAAAGCCUCCAAACGAGCCAAAAUCAAGGUGACCAUUGUCUCCCACGGAGAUGCCACGGGCACUGGAGCAGCCCUGAGCACCCAGGCUGAAAUUGUCUCCGGGAAGCCGCUGUCCCUGGGCCAGGCCGUGUCCAGCACCAAGGAGCUCUCGGGGCUGCUCUCCACCCCCAAGAGCAGCCUCUGCCAGCAGCCUGCUCCAGGGGCUGAGCUUCAGCCUGCAGGACAUGGGCACCAAGGCCUCCAGCCUGGCCCCCAGCGCGGCCGCCACCGGCUCACCUGUGCAGAGCUCGGCGCUGAAGGCCCCCGGAGCCCUGCAGAGCCUGGCUGCCAUCAGCACGGACACGGGCGCCGUGGUGCGCACCAUCCCCGUGGCCACCUCGCUGGCCCUGGGGGCCUCGGCAGGCAGCAAGCCCACGGCCAUCCACCAGCUGCUGAGCAACGGGGGGCUGGCCAAGCUGGCCAGCAGCCUGCCAGGGCUGGCCCACAUCUCCAACCAGGCUGCAGGCCUCAAGGCCCCGGCCACCAUCACGGUGACACUGCGGGGACAGCCCGGCCGCGUGGGCACCCUGAGCCAGGCAGGGCUGGGCACAGCUCAGCCCCAGCUGGAGGAGCAGCCCCAAGGUCCUCAGUGACCACCAUGGAGCCCCUGUGGUGUGGGAGGCCAGGCUGGCAGCACUGGCUGGGUGUGGCAUUGCUGAGGCUGCCCUGUGCCAGCCUGGGCACCCCACGGUGGCACCUGUCCUGCACGGCACCUCCAGGACACUUUGGGGACACUUUGUGGGGCUGGCCAGCAGCAGCCAUGCUGUCCUGGGGGCUGUGGGGACCUCCAGAAUUCCUGGAGGAUGGGAAAGUAGGGGUGUUUUUCUGGGUUUGUUGCUGUUUAAUAAAAAAAUUCCUUUUUUUUAAUGGAUUUUUUAAAAUUUUGUUGUGCUUCUGGACUGAGUUUGUGGCUGUGGCCACUCUGGAGCUGGCUUUUGUUGGGGGUGGAUUUUGUGAGUGCUGAAGGAUCCAUGGAAGGAUCCACACUGGGCAGCUCCCUGAAGUAAUCAAGAGAAUCCUGGGAUCUCCUGAGUGGCAAGGGACCCACUGGGAUCAUCAGUCCAGCCCCAAAAUCUGAGCUUGGGCAGCGUCAGGGCUGUGCCCAUUCCCUAGGCAGUGCCCAGCACCCUCUGGAGGAAGAACCUCUCCCAAAAUCCAGCUUCUGUCCCCAAACUUGGCCUGUCUAUGAAUUCUGUGGUCCCUCCACGCUGACUCACAGCUCCUGCUCCUCCUGAAGCUGUCACAACCCUGGGGACAAGGAGGUGCCACCGUCCCUGUGCCC